AUGAAACGAGUCUGUUUUGUUUUUCAAUCAAUGCUUGAAAACAUUCAUCUUUUAUACUCACUUGUAGUAAAUCUAAGCAGAAAUUACUAAUAGUUUUAAGCUUGUAUGCUGAAAAUGUUAGACAAGAUAAUCAUGCAGCGUGCGUAUUGACGUGGAUUCGAAGUAAAAACGGCCAUGACUGCAUAGAUAAAGAAUUGAAAACAACGCCAUAAUUAAUAAUAUAGCUUUUCAAAGGGUUCGCACAUUAUUGGUAGAACUACUUAUAGUAUUCUGGAAUAUUUGAAAACUUGGAAACAUAAAAAGAACGAGUUUUCGUUAUUUCCAUUAAGUCGUAACCUGAAAACGAUCGUAAAUCAAAGGUGUUGUAUAACUUAUAUACUUUUAUUAAGAAAUUAUCUAUAAAAUUCAAUAAGAGGGAGGUAUUUUUAUGAGAAUUGUGAUACGGAAAAAUAAAAUAAAGAUCAAAAUAUUAACUGAGUAAUGACGACAAGACUGGUCAAGCAGUGAGCGCUGCUGUUCUAGCUUAGCGUGGGCUAGUUCAGUAACAACUUACACAUUUUUAGCUCUGAAGCUAUAUUUAAACGAACCGCCUUUUACUGCUAUUUGUCAAAUUUAUGAAUUUUGAUAAUCAUUCAUUUUUCCCUCCCAUUUUACUUAAGUUUUCAACUUAAGUUAAGUCCGAUAUAGUUACCUCCUCAUUAACUGUGGUGUUUAUCUUGUGAUCAUACUUCAAAAUGCUCUUUGCCUUUUGUGUUUAUUAGUUUUUUAACUUUUCAUUGACUUUAAUUUGAUUUAAAUCAACAAAUGUUUAUUCUUUGAAAUGUACUGUUACGUUCGCGAUUGUCCAAAUGGACUUAAAUCUUUAAAAAGGAAAAAGGACUCUGACUUGGUUAAGUUUUUUUCAGCACCUGAGGAUAAGAAUAUACUGGAAAAAUGGAGAAGGGUGGUCCCCAAAGGUGAAAAUGUGCUCACUCCUGAAGACAAACUGUGUGAUUCUCAUUUUUUGCCCUCAGAAGUGCUUUGGUUUACUGAAACUAAACUGUCUAAUGGCAAUGUGCGGAGAUUAUUGCGUGAUGAACCAAUUCUCAGGCCUGGAACAAUUCCAUCUAUUUUUCCUGCCGAAAAACUGGAAAAAGAAAAUGCUAUAUUGCCUGGAAAAGAAAAGCAAGAAACACCUAAACCUAUCGUUAAGAGUAUUACAAGUGUUGUGAAAGAAAAAUCAGCCUCUUCUAAAAGUAUCGUGAGGAAUACAAACACAGUUGUUAAUGUGAAAAAUGAAACUCCUAAAAGUAAUGUUAGAAUACGUUUUAAAGAUCCUGCCGAGUCAUCAGGCAAAAGGAAUCCGCAGCGUGUGAAGAGGAGGUCAACUAUUCUUGAUGAUUAUUGGACUGAUGAUGAAUUGAAUCAGGUUCAUAACCCAGGGGUGUCCAAGACACCUUCUGGAUCUGCCAAGAAAAGGAAGACUGAAUCAUCCGGGUUGCAGCCGGUAAUUCGCCUUGUACCCCUAGAAUGCUUAAUGGAUAAAACGGUUUCAAAAAGUAAAACACCCAGUAAGCCUAUAGUUGCCAAUCGACCAUCUACAGAAGAAAUCGAUCAUGAAUUAAAAAAAGUCAUAGAAAUUCCAUUACUAACAAGGCUGAAGCCGAGUAAAUCGAUGACAAUAAGAUCUACCAAAGAGACUGUGCAAUUUAAACCAUCCAGGAGGAAUCUUUCGAAAACAAAGAUGAAAAUUUUGCCCCUUUCUGAAACACUUGUUUCACAUGAUGUAGUUACAGUUAGUCCUUCUGAAGGCUUCAAUGAAGUAAAAACCGAAACUCCUGACAUCGAGGAGGAGCUCGCUCGGAUGGAAAUGGAGGAGGAAAAUGAAGAUGUUAAAAGCUCGGACAUUGUCAUUAUGAAUCCACCACUUGGUGAAGAUGAUAGCGUUGUAGUGAAGAGCGAAGAAGAGGAUGAUGGGUACAGCAUAAAUGAAGUGACGGAGAAUCCUAUCUUUACUGUAGGAGAUGAAGUUCCUACAAUUAAGAGUGAGAGUGAAGAAGAGCAACCUGCUGUUGAAGUUGGUAGCUAUAACACUAGUGAUAAUGAGUUGGCAGUUAAAAGCCAUUCUGUUGAGGCAGCUGCAGAGAGUGAGGCAGCUGCAGGUAGUGAGCAAGGACCUGCAUUACCUACAGAAAACAGUGAUAACAUCCUAACUCCGCAUGAGCAACCCAAUAAUGUACCUGAAGUUCCAGCUGAAAUCGAACAGAAUAAAAAUGUCGAAGAGCAUUCCGCCAAUGAAACUGAAGUUGUUGAAAAGAAUGCUGCUGUCGAAGCUGUGGAUGACACUAGCUGUAAUAAAGGAACAGAGGAAGGUGAGGUAUCCAAAUCUUCAGAAGAAAAGAGUCAUGAAGAGGAAGUACUUGAAAAUAAAGAAAAAGAGGAAACUGCAGAGUCAGCCAAAGAGGAUGAAGCAGAAAUUCCGACUAAUGCUGCCAGCAAAGAAGUAAAUACAGAUUCACAAGAAAUGGAGUCUGAGAGAAAGAGUGUUGAAAGUGCCAUGGAAACUGAAGCCUCUAUAGAAGUUGAACCUAAGAGGCAGGAAGGUGAAAAUGUGAUGGAAAUUGAAAAAGAAACAUUACUGUCAGAGAACAUCGAACACAUUACCAAACCUGCCGAAAAUGAAGAAAUGUCUAAACUUGUUGAAAGGGAAGAAAUGCCAAAACCUUUAGAAAGUGAAGAAAUGCCUAAACCUGUAGAGAGUGAAGAAAUGCCUAAACCUGUAGAAAGUGAUGAAAUGCCUAAACCUGUAGAAAGUGAUGAAAUGUCUAAACCUGUAGAGAGUGAAGAAAUGUCUAAACCUGUAGAGUGCGAAGGAAUGUCUAAACCCGUAGAAAGUGAAGAAAUGCCGAAACCUGCAGAAAGUAAUGAAAUGCCUAAACCUGUAGAAAGGGAAGAAAUGCCUAAAACUGUAGAAAGUGAUGAAAUACUGAAGGCUGUAGAAAGUGAAGAAAUGCCUAAUCCUAUUGAAAGUGAAGUUUCUCAAGGUUAG